AGCUAGUGCCUGUAUUAUAUCCAUGUACAAUCAUGUAGAUAGCUAAAUUCACUGUGUUAAUAUUUUGAACAGGUGGUGAGGGAAUUACAGUAACCAUUGACAUCACACUAGCAGAAACUUCUUUCAUACCUGGUAACAUCGAUGGACGAUUAUCCUUAGAAUGUGCAGUGACACUAGAUGUACCAGGGACUGUGUCAGAUACUGAACCAACCAUUACAUCGUACGUGUGGACAAGAAAUGGUGAUACAUUGAACGAAUUUACAGGGAGGAUGUUACAGAUCAUUCGUCUGCAAAGUAGCGAUGGGGGAGUGUACAGAUGCAGUGCAGUGACUGACCUCCCAUGCACUACAAUGCAAUCUGACGAAACAGUGGUCAACACGGCCCCGACAGUGAGUUUGAGUCCAUCAAGUAACAUCUCUGCCGUUGUGGGAGACAAUGUAGAAAUCACCUGCGACGUUGAAGGAUGGCCUACUCCAUCACUUAGUUGGAGGAAAGCUACUACUAGUAAUACAGUGAUAGAGAUCAGUCAAAAUCCUGUGCUAGUGAUUGACUCGGCAACAACUGCCGACAGUGAGCAAUAUUCAUGUGUUGCAGACAAUGGUUUUACGGACCAAGAUGCAAUAAUGACACAAACCAUCACCAUCACUAUAGCUACUGUAACUGAUCCAGUCACUCUCGCUCCAACAGAUGUAACUCUCGGUGCCGUAGACAGUGCUAACAACUUGGGAGGACCAGUAAUAAGACCAACAGAGAAUGGAUUCUACAUUGCUAUUGCUGUGACGACUUUUGUAUGCCUCUUUCUAACAGGCACUACAAUCUUUUCAGUCACAAUAUGGUGUUACAAGAAGCGUAAAUCUGAGAGGGAGGCGGAGUACCAGGAGGAGGAAGAGAGCAACACUGACUUGCAGACAAUCGAAACAAGUCUAAUGUACUGAACUCUCUAAUGGAAAUAGAUAGGAAUAUGUGUGUUGUGCUGAACGUUUUAUAGUUUUUGUUUGUGUAUACUGAAAAAAAAUGUACACCUACAAUGUACAAAUGCAUCUAAAAUUAGGCUGAAAUUAA